GGUAACAAUAAUCUAGAGUGUGUAUAGGGAUUAGACAUGGGGGUACCCAUCAGCCCCAUAGCGUGCAUGGUAUCUAAAAUUGGUACUUACCCAAGCCCAGGCAGACUCCCUGACCGUACUGUGUUCAGUCGUAAUGUGAUGAAGACUGGCGUCCAAAAUGAGCUUGAUUCCCGAUAAGAAGAUGGGGUUGACCGGAACCUUUCUCGUCUUUUUCGUUUAACUAAUUACUUAUUACUGAUUACUUAAGAGUGGAAUGGGAAGUGGUAAUGGAAACGUUUAUAGUAGGGUGCCGGAACUUUAGGAAGGAGCGAGGGGUUUAAGUUUGGAUAACUCAGGGAAUUGUGUGUGGGAUAAAGGGUCUGUGGAUGCUGAGGGAUUGAAGAUGAAGAUUUGGGGUAUAGUAUGAGCUUAUGACGUGUCGCUAUUGUAGCACAAAAUUACUGCGCGCCUCUGUCCGCGCGCACAUCGUGCCUAUGCAACCUUGUUGCGUCUUUUAAAAAACAAAGAAACGCGCUCGCGACAGCAGUAGUGCUGCGUUUGCACACGGUCCGCGCGUCUGUCUUCCAAUCGCCAGUGUUCGAAUGACUCGUUCGCUCAUCGCUCUACUUGAUGAGGUUGUACCAGAUUUCUUGUGUUGGCGGUACAGUUCUGAAAAUCGCCAUGAAAGCGUAGACGGGCUUCUUUUGUCCAGGAAUUGUUAAUCAGUCGAGUGGAAUUGUUUGCAGUUGGAUGCUGAAUGCGACACAUCUUCUCUUCCAUACUUUCGAAACUUGGAGGAGCAACAAGAUGGAAGAGUCUUGAAAAUUUAAUCUGUAGUUGCUGAAAAACGACAGCGCGUUGCCUUUGCAGCGGACUUAGCCUAAUCCUUAAAGAAGUAAAACUGGACUUUACAAGAUAUGAGUGCUUCGGAGGCGCCCUGCCAGACGCGACAGGAAUCCCCCGCCAAAGAAACCCGGGGGUAUCUCUCGGCAUUAGCCGGCGGGAAAAGCCCCAUCUCCAUGCCGCCCAUUCCGGCAUGGAUGCUGAAUACCCCCAUGUACAGUAAACUGCCGAUGAUCCCCGCCCCCAAGGGGAAGAUCACCCUCUACACAACUGGACUUGGAGAGAAGCUGUACCCCACACCGGUCGGCCUGGACUUUGACCCCAGCGCUGAGGGGCUUAGCAGCGAAUACAAAAGCCUUCACGACCCUCACCUGAAGAGCCAUUACACACAGCCAUCCACCUUCCACGGGCUGAUUAGGAAGAAAUUCAUCACCCCAGAAGGAAAAGUAAUUUGCACCCUCAAAGAGUUCAAUGACUACCACCAGUAUCUAAAACGUGUCAACAUCGAAAAACUUGGGCAAGACCGAAAAAGUGUUGCCACCAAAGAGCGCGAGGAACGACAGCGUCAACGCCAGGAAUGGAGCAACAAGGAAGAGCUGAGCCCUCACGAUAAGCAAGUCUUGGAGACACGGAUGCGCAAGAGAAAGAUGCUCAAAGAACAUCAUCGACGUUUGUGCCAUCACCUUGAGCAGGACACGGUGAGGCACCACCGCGUUUUGGAGGAGAAACAAAUGAAGCGGAGCAUCGAUAGGGCGCGACGCAACCUAGAACGGGAGAAGAAACGUAACAAAAUACUCAGAGCGGAGCUGGAGGAGCAUAUCAGAAGAGCGACAAAGCGAGUAAAUCUCGUCGAGGAUGAAACCCGCCACGCCGAGCUGCUGAAAUGCUACCGGAUGAGUGUCAGUCAAAAACGAGAAAUGAAGUUGGAGGAGCAGUGGAAUCGCCACCAGAAGAUACGCGAAAAGCACCGACUGGAAGCAGUGAGGAGACGCAAGGAAUUACAUGCCCAGACAGAGAACAACAUUGAUACCAGGGAGCAGGCGACAUCUGACAAGUGGUCUAAGCAACUCACAACCUUUGAAAACAUUCGCGAUGCGAGAGCCCUGAAGAUCCAGAGGCAGGAAGCCAAGAUCCAGGCUCGUCUUGAGAAGAAGUUGAAAGUUGUGCGCAAGCUUUUCGAACAACGGCGAAGGAAACCGGUCGGUGGUAGGCGUCGCAGACCACCGCGCCACGGACUCGGAGGGCCGCGCCACUAUAGCACCUGGCCGGUCGAGCACGUACUAGGCCGCGUCGAUCUAUCGCCUGCCGACGGUGUGUGGAAGAUCGUGGACGACAGAUACCUUACGACGGCUCAACCGACAGAGUUUCCUGCACCUGUAUCUCCGACCACAUUCCUGGAACCAACCGUUACCAUCGAAACAAAGGAAAGAGUCCCCGAGAUUGAAACAGUUAGCAGAGGCAUCUUACAAAAGAUAAAGGAAGAGGAAUCUGUCGCAGAUAUCCAGGAAGAUCGAAUGUAUUCGUCUAUUGAGCUAGCUGCUCUCUUUGGGGACCAUUACACUUCAUUUAUCACCUCUGCUCGAGACCUCGUCAAAAAUGUUUUCAAUGCACUUGAGAGUGAGAAGCGGUCAAUGGAGCAUGUUUCGAAAGAACUUGAUUUUAUCGAGUCCGGGAUGGCAGUGUCCAAAGAGACUAAGUUACCUGAUGUCAUGCGGCGUAAGAGCGUGCUUCAACUGACAAACAGCACGGUGGCCCGCCUUGUUCUGUCAAACAUGUUCAAAAGAGCAAGAGAGCAGAUAGCAGCGGAAGGAGGAUUGCCUCACCUACCGAGCGUGACGCCCACGAGAGAGGCGGUAUCAGAUACGCUUGCAGCUGCUGUAACGAAAAGGCCCAGUAUCGGUAAGCAAACCAGCGUGCGCGAACUCCACCCACCUAGUCCCAUUGCCAAGAGUGGCGUCAUGCCUGAUGGAUCCAUAAGACCAAAGGAGAAGCCGUCCCCGAAAGGCACUAGCAGCAGCCUCCUUGCGGCUGCCUUGGUGUCAGAGGCACUUGGAAAGGUCACACGAGAGCUUGAAGAAGAGGCUCAGCGCUCCGAAACGCGUGUCCUUGCCGAGGACGUGGUGUGGGACACCAUAAGGAACGUCACCAGCCAACUUCAGAAGGAACUGUCGGAAAAAGUCUCUCUGGAGCUUGAGGAGGAAUCGAAGCGCUCCGACACGAGCAUUUUGGCGGAAGAUGUAGUUCAGACUGCCAUCACAAAUGUGACCAGCGAACUUCAGAAGGAGCUCAUGGAAUCGGGAAUCACCCUCAUCGCAGAGAGAGUCGUAUCAGAUGCAAUCAGCAAUGCAGCUAAACAGCUCAGAGAGUGGCGUCUCAUGCAUUCCAGCUCAAGUGUGCUGGGUGAGGAGUUAGCAUCAACAGCUAUACGUGAUGCCACCAGACAUUUACAGAUGCUUCUCCCUCAGUCCAGCUCCAGCAUCAUAGCAGAAGCUAUUGCAGCUGACGCCAUGAAGAAUGUGAUACGACAGCUCGGAGCACAGCCACCCCAAACUAGCAGCAGCAUCUUGGCACAAGCUUUCACUGCAGGCGCUUUGAAAAAUGCGGCCAGACGACUUCAAGGUGAGCAGAUUGGCUACGCAUUCCAUCCACCUGCUCACACUAGCAGCAGCUUGUUAGCCCAGGCCAUCACCAAUGACACGCUCCAGAAGGUCAUGCGGCAGCUCCAGCAGGAGUGCGAGGCUCUGCAGCCACACACCAGCAGUAGUCUCUUGGCCCAAGCCGUCACUAAUGAUGCUCUGGCAAAUGCAGUGCAACAGCUAGAACGGAGAGUGCCAUCACCUCAUUCAGACACUAGUUUGCUGGCACAAAUUGUCACGAGGGAAGCACUACAGAACGCUGCAGUUCAGCUUCGAGUUGAAAAGUUGCUGCAGAACCCUCAAACGUUUAGCAGCACCGUUGCCCAUGAAAUCACGAUAGAUGCUUUACAAAACGCAGUAGCACAGCUCACUAGCGAGAGAGCACAGCUUCAUAGAACGAGUAGCAGUAAAUUGGCUCAGUUAACUGUAGAUGAAGCCCUGAAGACGGCCAAGGAGCAACUGUGGACGGAACGUGCCAGUAGCAGGUGCCAAUCUCGCAGCCCGCACUCUGCAAGCCCCUUCUCUCCGGAGCUUGCUAAGAGUGCUGUCAACCAGACAUCUCCAGAACUGACUCAAAGGGGGGCCAAAACGAGGGCUGUAGCCUCUGACAUAAUCAAAAGAACAGCUCUUGAUGUGGAGUCUCCAUCACCGACCAAAGACGUCAAACCACUUUCACCCUCACGUGCCCAAGAUGCCGCAGCAUCAUCAGUCCUGCCAACCAGUGUGGAUGAUGGUCUUGAGAAGGUGUCACAUGGCCUUUCGUGCCAAGCACAAACGGUAGUCAUGCACGUGUUUGGGGAAGCUCUCGCCUCCUACCAACUCAUAGACGACGAAGCAACUAAAAUGAGCGAGGAAAAUGAUGGUGAAGAGAAACCCAUUGGUGCACGCAGGAGCAGCCUCCUCCUAGAGGCUGUUAAUGAAGUGUUUCGAGAAAGUGAGAUCGAUUUGUCUCAUCACCAGCACCACCCCCACUCAGGGGCCUGUGAAAGUGAAGGCAGCGACUCAGAGGAAGAGCCGGAGGAAGACGACAAAAUAAUCGGUGUCAUAGAGAACGAGGUUAUUGCCAAGGAAGAAAGCGUCCAUUCUCUCGCUGAAUGCCUUGAAGGGUCUCGAGUGGAGGGGCUAACCUCCGUCGUGAAGAAAAGCCACGACAGGACAGUUUUUGAAGGGGCCGUCAUCCCUCACGAUAAGGCGCACGAGUCUGUCACUGAAAAGGUCCUCUCUGUUGAGGAGUUGCACAAAAAUGGCUCAGGUCAUUUGGUUCAUGAUGCCAGCAGUAAAUCUAUCCAUAAGGUUGCAGAGAGUGGCGAGUAUUCCCAGGAACAGAUUCACGCAGCGAGGCAUCACUACAGCAACAUUGUCCCCGUCUAUCACAGUCAUCCUCUCAAUCUAGAUGAGGAGAUCAUCUCCCACAACCUGUCUGCCAUCUCCAUGAAGCCUGACAGCCAACAGAAGGUACCGUCAGCCUACUCGACAAGUUCUCGCAACUCUUUCCGGAACGUGUUCCGCCCAGACUUGACGCACUGCCAAGGUUCAGCAAAGUGUUUAAAAGACACACUGAUAAGGGAGCUUUCACACCCCCACCAUCGAGAGCAUGAUCAAAUGUACAGCGUCCUGGAGCAACCCCAUGAAGACAUCACUGCCCAUUACUCAGACGAGGAGUUAGUAGGACAAGAAGAGGCUGAAGGAGUCUGCUAUUUGCCGCAAAGGAAAGUAUACAGGGUUCACGAAGUUGUGGAAGACGUAUUACCAGAGGAGGAGGGCGAAUAUGUGGAAGCGGACAGUUCAGCCUUACCACAGGCAUCACCAGAUGCCAGGGAUACCCCUGCAGGUGGCGAUUUUAGGUCACCCAAUGAAGAGGAAAUUGAACAUACAGCCCCCUUGUCUCGUGCCAGUACUAGAUCUAUACGAAGCGGUAAAUCGAAGGAAAUUAAAAGUCUUCACAGCAAAACUGGAUCUCAAGAGGCAAGUGUCCAUCUUUCUCCCAACAAAAUCCAGUCUAAGUUAGGUGGGAAAUCUAAAAGUACGACAGAGGCGGGUGUGUCCAGUCACGUACCCGCAUCCCGCAGCGUCAUAGGAGCUGUAAUAGACCGGAUCAGUAGCAUCUUUGGAAGGAAGCACUCAACAAAAGUCCAUCCUGGGUUAACGGAUAGCCACGCCGCUGAUGCCACGGGCAGGCAGCCUCCAUCCAGAGAUCAGAGCAGCACCAAACCAGACACUUGGAGCAAAGCUGUUCUCAAAACACAUCCCGGUGACAAAUCUGACGUAAAGUAUGAACCUUGUGAUGGCAAAGAGACAGGUGUACGAAGCACUUCUGCACCCGAAGAUGAUGCACUGAAGCCUCUGGGCGUAGAUCCACACCAAAUUCAAGACAUGGAAAGUAGGAAGGAAGAAGAUUCAGUAGUUCAACCCUGCACAGAGGAAAUUACUGAGAGAUCGGAGGAUGACACUGUUCAAAGACCUGGUGAGAUUGACUCUGAGCCGCCUAGAGAAAAAUCAGAGCCAAAGAGUUCAAACAAAGAGAAAGAACAAGAAACGACAGAAGACCAAACAACUGUCGAUAUUACAGAAAUCGUGCAGAAAGAGGCUGUAAAAGACGGCGAAGAAGAAGCGGUAAAUGCCGACGAUGAAAUAACAAAAUGCACUGAACUGCAUGAACUGCAUGUUGAAGCACAAGGUCCGUCGCCCUUCACUGGUGCCGAAACUAUGCAGUUUCAAGGUGGCAAAGAUAGAGAGGAUACAGAGGAUAAAGAGCCAUCUUCAGUACAAAAGAGACCCAGUUUUGCAGACGAGAAUAAAGUAGACAGCAAGAAAUCGUUUCAGACAGCUAGUGAGUCGAGUCUCAAGGAGAUGCAUGCUGGUAAGAGUCGAACACUAAAGCCAUAUGUUAACUCGUUGGGCACAGUAUCACGGCCAGCCAAGUCAUCUUCGGCUGCUUUGGGUCGUCAAUUUCAACAAAGGUCACCUACUUCAGCUUCUCCCAAGCCAGGAGUGUGUACGUCCUCGCCACUCACAUCCAAAGUCCACCCUAGUGCUACGAAAUUGUCAGUGCACAGCUUUAAGAGGCCGAUCUUGGGGAAUGAGAAGCCAUUAUCUCCAGCCAAACCUUCUUGUGGUUCCUCUGUGUCAAACGUUGAUCGGCGAUCCCAGGUCACUAAGCCACCGUCGACUGGAUCAGUCCGCCUGAUUAAGGUCAGCCCGGCGCCGUCUAUGUCCAGGGCCAGGCGUCGGUCGGGGAAGUUGUCGUCCUCAAGUGUUGGGAAACUGAUGUCAGAUAGGGCAUCAGGCCGUUCUGUGCGCCUCAUCAAAGUAUCGCCCGCUGCUUCCACAGCCAUAGGUCCUCGCAGGUCAUCACGGAAUUCACCUUCAGAGGCCAUAGUCAAAGGUUCCGCCCUAUCCCGUCCCAGUUCCACCUCAAACAGAGUGCAGCAGCUGUCCAGAGAUAAAUCAGUAUCGAGACAGGCAUCCAGUGAAUCUGUUCAGAGUCAAUGGAAAGGCGCAGUGCUUAGUGUCAGAUCACCACAAGGCUCUGUGGGGGAUGAGGUGCGACAAUCUCCAGCCAGCCGUGCUGAAAGUAGACCCCCUUCAACCAGAUCGUUUGUCACAAUCAGCACCAAACCAGAGACUACAUCUGCGCUACACGGCACGGUUGUUUCUUGUCCACCACCUACCAUCUCAGGACCUCUGUCAGAUCAACAACAGUUAAUUGAACAAGAACAACGCAUCCAACCAGAUUUAGCACAACAAACCCAAGGAGUCCGUGCUGUUUCAAAAGGGGGCCGCCAGGAAGAGCACUCCGGAGAACUGCCAAGAGACAGCAGAGAUCUGGGUAUGCAAAUAGAACAAAGUAACACGGACCAAACACAAAAUCUGGAAGGAACCGUGGCCUCGGGAGAGGCGUGUGACGAAAUGAGGACCCCAGUAAAUUCGCCUAUGGGGGGUCAAUUUGGCGAACAUUCUUCUAAUUCUUCGGGUAGCCAUGGGGCUAAAGCGAGCCACCGCUCGAAGAGCAUCAUCUCUGCUGUGAUCGAGAGGCUGAGCAGGAUGUUUUCUGGAGAAGCCGGUGGGAGCAAGACGAACACCACGGAGAGGCAUCGCAGUGAUGUCCAGAUUGGAGCCGCGAGCAGCGGCGCUGUGUCAGGAAUGGAGGAAAGAAAGGUUCAGCAAAGCCAGUCAUCGGGUGCGGUGCUCCACCAACUGUCUACUUGUCGUGAUGUGCAAACAUACAAGUUAAAGCCGCAACUGCGAGAGCGGAAGGCAUCAAAUACAGGAGGGAAAGAAAUGGAUGGCACAAAGAGCCGCAAACCCGAAACUUAUGACAGAGAAGCGCCACUUGCUAUCGCACCAAAAUCUUCCGUCUCCGACCCUACUGCUCCGGCCGCUGAACAAGCAGCCCAAGUUAUUAUCACACACUCCGCUGAGCCAUCAGAGCCCGGACCUCUCUCCACGCAGGACCCCGGCAAUAGCAGCUUGCCACCCGUGGAAGCUGUAGAAACCCCGACCCAGACAUCAUCCUUCCGUGAACUAACGGUGUCUCCAAAAGAAAUCUCGGAUAAUUCAGAGCGAACAGAAGGAAAAACGCCCCCUGUUGUCGGUAGACGUUUAACUGGCGGAGAUGACCUUUCACUCGAUGAUUGCAAAGGGCUUGCAAUAUUCAGGGCGCAAAUAUCGGGAUUAACUUCCCCGCUCUUGCGCUCACUUUUCCAGAACCUCCUCAAACACAAUUAGUCACCUGAGUAUUUUUACAAAGGCAAGGUCAUUCAAGAACAAUGCGCCUGACGUUUCACCAGCUCGUAUAUGUUCUAAGUGUGAUGGUCAGCCCAUGGCCAGGGUGAUAAUGUGUGUCCUCGUAGGUGCGUGUUGAUUUUCUCGAAUGACCUAUGCGAUGCGCUUCACAUAGCUCUUGAGUUGAAACACCAAACUGGCACAUUCCAAACCCUUUCAAGAGUUUCAAUUCGCAGAGAGGCAUAUCACCACCCUUUCCUGUUUUUUUUUUUAUUUUUGGAGGCAGUAAGACAUUCAAAUCGGACAGCGAGUCACAAAUGAGAACUGCAAUUUCAAAACGGGGGAAUUUUGGUGCAUAAAUAUUAGAAUUUAAAAAAUGCACGAAGCAAGAAUUUUAAAAAUGCAGGCAGCAACACCAAAAGGAUAGCCAAAACAAAAGUAAUUUUUUAAAAAAAUUAACAAUAUUUCAGAUAAUAAACAUUUUUAAGUAGCAAGAUUUUUUAACUGUAAAUAAUCUAGGUUCAUUUUCCAGUGCAUGCAAUCCCUCUCCCCUAGUAAAUUGCUUCUCUAAGAAGCGGGAAUUCUGCAGAUACAAUAACUGUUGUUUUUUUUAAUGGGAGACACAAGAAAAUGCAAGCAAAUGACAUCUGGAAUGUUUGAUUUUUAAUGGAAUUACCGUUAAAAGAAGCUACGAUUUGAGAUACGGUGAACCGUUCAAAUGAAUAAAGUUAGAAAAGGGCAUUUUUAUUGUUCCACCGUUUAUUUUCAUUUCUUUCAAUAACAUUAGAUUGAAAAGUUGAGAUGUUAAAGCACUGCAAUCAAUACAAUCCCAAAAAUUAAUCUGUGAAUUCAUUACAAAAUGUCAUUACAAAUAGAGUACCGAAGUGUGACGUCACUUUGAACCAAACAGUGCAGUUCAAACGAAUGGAGUACGGGCAAGUGUUGGUUCACGCGCUGGUUCACGCGCUCAUGCCUUUUACACACGUAUUCACUUCGGAACUCUAUUGCAACAAUUCAAAUUCAAACAUAAGCGUUUAUUUAACAACUCAAAAAUAUUUAUUUACCUUCUGUGCCAAAGAUUUUGAAAAAGAUAUAUUCUAUUUAUCAGGAUCAAGCUUAUUCUCUGGAUCGAUGAAAAGCUAUUCCGUAAUUUAUUUUCUCCCCACUAUAUAUUCUUGACCUUGUGUAGCAUGCGCAUUAAACCUGACAGGAAAAAUAAUAUAAUUACUCUUUUGCUUUUUCUCAACUACGAGGCCUCUCUCUCACUUCCAAGACAGCACAUGGUUUUUGAUUUACAACUGCUCUGUAGUCUACUUUCAAGAAUUCAAAUGCCACUAUUCAAAUGUAAAGAAAACCGUAAAGAUAGUGGCGUCGUCAGAGUUCAAACAGAAAAAAGAUCAAUAGCCAUUUUUCUAAAACUAAACAAACAAAAAAGAAAACCCAAAACACAAGUCUUCAUAAAUAAAUAGUUGCAUGUUUAUACCAUAGAGUCAUUAAGUGCUUAAAUAUACACAUUUAAAUAGAUCAAUGUUGAUUGGUCAAAAUUUUUGAGAUCUUCUACCCACAGCAGUAGUAUAUGUGGCAAAUUGUUUUCCGAAUCCAACUGUACUGAUUUAUUUAGUCAAAAUCACACUUACAUGUAGCUUUGCUUAGAAAAUAAUCUGAGUAAUUCUAAAGCUUAAACAAUCACUACCUUGAAUCAAAGGAUGGGCUAUCGGAGCACCUACUGUUGCUUAAAGACCAACUUCAACGGUUUCAAAAGUUUUGAAAAUAAAACAAGUAUUGUGUUUAGUGUGUAAUGAACCGUA